AUGGUGACGGUACUUCGUAUUAUGUGGAAAGGUCUGAACCAGAUACUUCUCAAUUAUGGCUUCAUCAUAUUAGUCUACGCUUUGUUCUGGGGUGUGGUGGCUUUCACCACGGAUAUGUUAAAUGUGUUUCUAACCGCGCUCGAGACCAAUUCACUAUGCGAGGGAUCGCUAUCAGAUCUACUAGCAGAAAAUAUCGCGAAGUGGCGGGAAACAGACACUGAAACGACCGAGGAGCUUGGUACCGACUUCUGCAGUCUUACAUUUGCAAGUAUGAUCAAAUAUCUGCUAGGACCAUCCAUAAUGAUUGUGAUUCUGUUGGGAUUUCUCACCAAACGUAAAUCUAUGUAUACUAAUAUCUUCGGUGGCAGACCAGGAUUACCAAUCACGGUCAACUUACUGGAUGAAUGCAAAAAUCGCAUGGCGUAUGUUGCAGCUUUCGGUGCCACCACUAACAGUGUCAUCGAUUUAUUCAAAGGAGAAUACUAUUUCAAAAUAGAUAGCACCGAAACAUGGAUCAAUGUAUUUGUUGGUAUGAUAAAUGUAGCUGGGGUUGGUGUGGUAUUCUAUCCAAUAUUUGCAUGCAUUGCUACCAAGGCCCGUGUGGUUGGUUCAUUUAUUGGAUUUUUCUACACCACAACGUGGGUUGUUUUCUGGGUCGCACAGCAGACAUGCACAAAGACAUACACACAUCCGAGUCAAGGUGUGGUAUACUAUAUGACUUUUACGCCUAUUUUCAUCUUCCUAUUCAUUUUGUUGGUUCGUUUCUUUCUAAUGAUGAUUAAGAGCAUAAGGUUAUCAGCAUCACCAACACAGUUAAUGGAUCGACAUAAACAGAUGGAGAUGAACUUCUAUCAAGCAAAAUACGUGAUGCAAUUAUUGAAACCAGGAGAGCAAAUAACUGAAGAUCUUGUGGCAGAUAAGAGUUUGGAACUGAAAAGAGGCGGUGUCUUUGCCCGGAUAUGGAACUGGGCUUAUCAUAAAUUCACAAAAUAUGUCUACAAACCUAUUCCUGGUUUUCAGUAUUCCUUGAGGGCGCUUUGCACAUUUUCUGUUGCAUGGCAAGCUGUGUAUGUAUUCGCGUGCCAGUAUUUCUACAUUGGUCAAAACGCACUCGUCCAGUACAAUGAGUUUGUCGACGCCAUAGACCCGUUAUUAAAUGUUACAAACCAAACUGGAAUCGAUUUCAAGAGAACCCUCAAUAGUUUGGCAAGCUGCAUCAACGUGAGUUUCUACAUCUCCGCAAUUGUGGCAUUUCUCAUGAUGACAAUGUUUAUUCUUCGUAUGAUGGCGUCCUACAGAGCCCAUUUCAUGCGAUUGUGUCGCGGAGACACUUCGUUUUUGCCAGCAAGACGAUCGGCUCCUACUUCUCUCAUGGUUUCGUGUCUGCGUUAUUCUGGAUACCAGAUUGGAUACAUCCUAUGGGGUUUUGUUAUCUUGUUGAUAAUGACAUUCAUGACGUCAGUAAUCGCUGCAUACCAGGUUAUCAUACCCAUUGCUAGUGGCACCAAAUCUAAGUUUGGUGAAGAGUUAGGACUGCUUUGGCCCAGCAUUGUUUUUGCUCUUUUUUUGUACAUGGUACAGUUCGUUCUCUCCAAGUACUUAUUUUUGCAAAACAAUGGACAGUCUUUGGCACUCACCAACAGACGUUUCUUUCAUAUCAUGUCCUACUUCUUCUUCUUCUUCAACGUGAUUUUGGGGCUGAUUUCUUGUCUAAUACGGGCUAUUAAAGGCAUGAUAUUCGGUACUUUAUUCCUGUCACGAAUCGAUAAAAGUACCCUAAUGAGGGAGUAUGAAAUGUUGGAUCGAGGUAAAUACUGA